AUGGGAAAACAAAGAGACAUUUUGGAGAAACUGGCGGGGACCUUUCAGAUCCGACACAUGCUCCUCCGCCAGGCCCUGGCAGAGUGCCUGGGAACCCUGAUUCUGGUGAUGUUUGGUUGCGGUGCAGUAGCACAGCUGGUGCUCAGCCGAGGCUCCCACGGCACGUUCCUCACCGUCAACUUUGCUUUUGGUUUUGCUGCAACACUGGGCCUCCUCGUGUGUGGACAGAUCUCAGGUGGUCAUCUGAACCCAGCGGUGACUUUCUCUCUGUGUUUACUCGGGAGGGAGCCUUGGACAAAGUUCCUGUUGUUCUUCUUCUUCCAGACCCUCGGAGCCUUUCUGGGUGCAGGGAUUGUAUUCAGCAUGUAUUUUGAUGCAUUGUGGGACUUCAGCCAUGGGGAGCUUUUAGUGGUGGGGAAGAAUGCCACAGCUGGGAUUUUUGCCACAUAUCCAUCCAAACAUCUCACCCUGGCGAAUGGAUUCUUGGACCAGAUUAUAGGAACAGCUGCUUUGAUUGUGUGCAUCCUGGCUAUAGUUGAUCCACACAACAAUCCGGUCCCUCCAGGUCUGGAGCCCUUCACUGUCGGCUUUGUGGUGUUGGUCAUCGGCCUGUCGAUGGGCUUCAACUCUGGCUACGCCGUCAACCCAGCCAGGGACCUGGGGCCGCGCAUCUUCACGGCUCUUGCAGGCUGGGGACAAGAGGUUUUCACUGCAAACACCUACUGGUUCUUUGUGCCCAUCUGUGCACCCUUCCUGGGUGCAGUGGUGGGAGUGCUGAUUUACCAGCUAAUGAUUGGAUACCACUUAGAAGGAAAAGUGCAGGAGAAACAGAAGGAGGAGAAGGAGGAAGGGCUCAAACUUUCAGACGUUACAGCCAACGAAGAUUCAUGAGCAAGAUGAUGCAGCAGUAAAUUCAAUUCUAGCCCAACAAUUAUAUAUUUUGCUUUUUCAAGAAAACUUUUUAUUUUCAUUUAUCUCUUUAACUAACAUCACUACCUGGACACCAUAUGCCAUCAAUCAAUAAUCAUGAAGACAUCAAUUCUUAUGGCAUCUCAUCAUGGAGAGGAAAAGCAAAGUUUCUCAGGAAAUGAUGGUGCUUGCUUUCUGAAUUUGUUUUCACUUUGGCUUUCUCCAGUCAGCUCUUUCAUUUCUACUCGAAGCAAAAAACAAUUUCCUUCAUGCUGCCUUUUCCGACAGAGCAAAUGUAUCAGCUCGGAGAGAAAAAAAGUCAAACUGAAGACAGUUUGAGUUAAAGAGAUGUUUGAAAAGUGUCUUGUUAAUUUCUGUCUAUCCUGAAAG